GUAAAAAGAUUGAUACUGAUAACCUGGGAAAUUUUCUGGAAAAUAUGGGUAUAGUGCUCACUGAAGAUAAAAGCAAGACCCUACUGAAUAAUCUGCCAAUUGAUGGAAAAGGAAGGGUGUAUACAAACAGAUUAAUGAAAGAACUGCAGAAUCUUGAAGGGACAAAAGUGUCUUCGGAUAAAGUGGAAACUUUCAUUAAAAACAUGGGAAUAGAUCUCAAGCAGAAAGACAUCCAGACACUGAAGGACCACCUACCAGUUGAUGGUAAUAGGAAAAUUGAUUUGAAUGUGUUGAUGGAUGAAGUUAAAAAUGUUACAGGAGAAAAGAUUCAUGCUGGGGACCUGAAAAAUGUUCUGAAAGACAUGGGAAUAAAGAUCACAAAUAAGGAAUACAAAAAGUUGCUGAAAAAUCUGCCAAUUUCUGCUGAUAAAAAAGUUUUUAAGAAAGAAUUAAUGGAUGGUGUGAAAUCCUUCAGAGGAGGGCAGGUUAGUGUCUCUGACCUAAAAAAUGUUCUACAAAACACUGGAUUCAACCUUGAAGCACAAGAAAUCAAGGACCUGCAGACUCACCUACCAGUUGCUGAUGAAAUGAUUGACUUGGAUGUGUUGAUGGAUGCAACAAAAGCUUUUACAGGAGAAAUGGUCGAAGCCAGUGACUUAAAAAACGUACUGAAAGACGUGGGAAUUAACCUCACCGAAAAAGAACACAUGAAGCUGUUAAAAUCUCUGCCAGUCCAUAAAGAUGGAAAAGUGUUUAAAAAAAGAUUACUGGAGAGUUUAAAGCCUCUCAAAGGGAAAAAAAUCAAAGUCAGUAACCUGGAAGCUCUUAUGAAAAACAUGGGAAUUGAGCUCGGGAAAGAGGAACAUGAAGACCUACUAAACCAUCUGCCAAUUGAUGAGAAUGAAAUGGUUGAUUUGAAUGUGGUGAUGGAUGAAGCAAAAGCUUUUACAGGAGAGGAGAUGAAUGUCAGCAGUCUAGGCAAUGAGCUGAGGAAAAUGGGGCUGGUACUCACCGACAAGGAACAGGAGACGCUGCUGAAAACUCUGCCAGUUCACAAUGGUGGAAAGGUGUAUAAGAAGAGGUUGCUAAAAGCUGUAAAGGCCCUCAAUGGGCCAAGGGUCAAAAUCAAAAAAGUGGAAAAUAUUUUGGAAAAUAUGGGAAUUAGAAUCAAGGAUGAGGAACUUGAAGAACUAAAGAACCAACUCUCAGCGGAUGGUGAUAGAACAGUUGAUCUGAAUGAUCUGAUGGAUGCUGUUAGUUACAUCAUGGGAGAGGUGAUUGAUGUCCAGAACCUAGACAAUUUUCUGGCAAGUGAGGGGAUUGAGCUCACAGAAGGAGAAAGGAAGAAGCUGAUGCCUCAUUUGACAUUUAAUGGAAAUGGGAAGAUUAAUGUGCAUUCAAUAAUGGAGGGUCUGAAAAAGUUCAGACCAAAAGGAAUAGCUUCUCUACAUAAGCUGAUGAAAACUGCAAGUAAAGACGGAGUCACUGACCAUAUGGCAGUUUCAGAAAUUAAGGCAAAAUUUAAGCUGAAACCCUUAACAAGAGUACCCAUUUUCCAUGGCAAGAGGGAUAAAGACUUAUCAGUCAAUCAAUGUCAGUUACAACACAAAGAAAAAAAGUUGAGCCCUUCACAAAUGGAAGCCUUCAAAUAUGCCUACAACUUCUUCAACAGAGAUAAAACUGGCUGUAUAGAUUUACAUGGAAUGAUGUGCACUUUAGCUAAGUUGGGAAUGAAUCUAACCAAGCAUGAUGUCUAUAAUGAAUUAAAAUGUGCUGAUAUUGAUCGAGAUGGGAAGGUGAACUUCUCGGACUUCAUAAAUGUGCUGACAGAUAAGAACCGCUUCUUCAAGGCUGUGGUUCCAGAAAAGGAGACCUAUUCAGAUUUUGCUGGAAACUCAGGGAUCCUACUGUUUGAAAUCUUAUCAAAGCUCGUAGAGACUUCAGCCUUACCUAGAAAGGUUAUAAUAGAAAUAGUAAGCUAUUUCCGAAGAAAGUUCCAGGAUUCUGGAGGAGAAAUAUUGUGGAGUCCCUAUGCUAUGGGUUAUGGAAAAAGGAAACUUAAGCCAGACACAUGCACCUCCCCAACCUCAAGCACAGCUGCCUUUGCUAAUGCUGCCAGGAUUGCAGUAACAGAAGAAAAGGACUUACUCAAAUUUCUUGACGAACUCAAGAGAUGCAACCCCCCUUCAGAUAGCCCAUAUUCAAAAAUACCCAUCUUUCCACUGUUUCCUAAUGUGGAUGGGGUGGUGAUGGGAAAGCCAUUCAAAGACACACAGAAAUUUGAAAUGCUAAGAAGAAAAGAGCCUCUGAAUUUCUUUGAGAACUAUUUUUUCCAUAAAAGAGACUGGAAAUCACAGGCAGCAAAUAUAAAGCCUAUCAACCCUGCCUCAGGCUACUCAGAUGACAUCCAUGCCAUUGAUCAGAUAUUCAAGAACAAGCAGACUUGGACUGUGGCCGAUGCAGCUGCUAUUAAACCACACGUGAAGAGAGCUACAGAUAACUAUAAUUUAGGAAUUGCCCUUGAGCACCGGAAAGAAAUGCUAGACCUCUGGCGGAAGAUCCGAGGGGAUUUGGUUGGGAUAGAAACUCAAAAUGAGUCCUUUUAUGACACAUUUUCGACUUACACAUGGUCCUGGAAUAUCUGCCAAGAAUUACUUUCUCCUAAGGACUUAAGGCUACAUGAUGCCUACAUGAAUAGAAAUUCCUUCUACCACUCCAGGUUCUCCUCCUUAUCGGACAUCAGUGAAUGUGACACUGAGACAGGAAGAAAAAGAAAACGGAAAACUUCCAAAGGGUUUCGACAGUGAAAUUUCUACGUUUUCUAAACAACUCAUCUCAAAGUACUUUUUCAUAGUUAUCAAAAUUAUGGUUUCUUGCUUUUGUCUAGGACAUUCUUAGCAGCUGGAAAUUUUGACAUCUUUUCGAUUCUGACCAG